AUGACCACAACCACAAGACACAGUUACAAACUUUCUCUCAAAAGAGCCACAAGGAGGAGAAGACAGCCACAUAACCAAAAACUCAUCACCACAUUUGAUUCCUUCAAGCAUGAAAAGUGCCACAAAAAGUCCCAAAAACUGUCACAAAAGCUUGAGGCUUUGAAGAACCUCAUUCCCACAACAAACUCUGAAGAAGAGGCUGUGAAACCCGACCAGCUGUUCAAGGAAACCGCAGAUUACAUCGUGUUGCUGCGGGCACGUGUGGUGGUGCUUCAGAAACUCAUUGAGUAUUAUGACAACAGCAACAGUACCCAGGAUGAUGAACAUGCUUUGUUGCUAUAG